UUCUUCGUUACGGCUGAUGAUGACAUGUCAACAAAAAACAUGGCAACCAGCAGCAACUAUUGGGAAGAUUUGCGCAAACAAGCCAGACAGCUGGAAAAUGAGCUGGACCUCAAGCUGGUGUCCUUCAGUAAGCUGUGCACCAGCUACAGCAGCAGCAGCAACCGGGACCAGCGGACAAGAGACAGCAGGUCUGAUUCUGUUGGCUCAUCUCAAGCCAUGCUUGUUUCCAUGACAACUGAGCUGGAGCAGCUAUUGGCCAAUCUUACUGCAGUCAAUGACAAAAUGGCAGAAUACACAAACAGUCCAGGGGCUUCAUCACAUAACGCAGCGUUGAUGCACACCUUACAGAGGCACAGAGACAUCUUACAGGACUAUACUCUUGAGUUCCACAAAACCAAGAGCAACUUCUUCAGCCUGAGAGAGCGAGAGGAUCUACUGGGCUCUAUUAACAGAGACAUUGAGUCCUACAAGAGCAGCGCAGGAGUGAAUAACAGAAAGACUGAGCUCAUCCUCAAGGAACACGAACAUCUCAGAAACUCGGAUAGUCUUAUUGAUAAUGCAAUAAGUAUCGCCAUAGCUACCAAGGAGAACAUCACAUUUCAGCGUGGCAUGUUGAAGUCCAUUCAAACCAGGGUCACGACUUUAGCCAAUCGUUUCCCCGUCAUCAACAAUCUCAUCCAGAAAAUCAAUUUGCGUAAGAGGCGGGACUCUCUCAUUCUAGGCGGGGUGAUAGGCGUCUGCACCAUACUCCUGUUGCUCUACUUUUUCCACUGAUUUGCAGGUUAACUGGGGGACCAUUUUUCUUCAAAAAACAGAAGAAUAUAUAUAUAUAUAUUCAUUGUAUACGUACAAAAUACUGUCAAUAUUGUAAUUUACUCCAAAAAAGUUAAGACUUUUUUUUGUGAUACAUUUUUUCUUAAUUGAAAUGAUUUGAUCUGACUGGAGAGUUUAUUUAUUUUCUGAUUGAUGAUAAUGUUUCCAUCUUUGGGGUUGUAUAUUCCUGGUUGUAUCGAUAGUUAACACAUUUCUCAAAGAUUUUUAUAAAGAGUUAACUGCUGAUAUGCUUCUUUUACGCGGUGUCGGUGGCGCCUAAUAAAACAAAGCUGAUGAGCUCACUGUC